AUGUUGAAGUUUUGGUUGAAACAAUUUUCACCGUUUCCCUUUCUUUUAUUAUUGCUACUUUCUCAUUCCUUUCGUGCGCUCUCCCAACAAAUACCAUUCUCUCUGUCAUCUGAUUUGAACGAAAAGAAAUACUUUACCUUAAAACAGGUUCUUCACCACGGUGGAAUCAUUAGUUCUGGAAAAACUUUAUUUCGUAAAUUAGAAAUUGAAAAGGAUGGGAAUUUGGUUUUCGAGGGAGACAGCCUUACUGGCAAUGGUCCAUCCGGUGAAUACGUUGUUAAUUUUCUUGGGGAACCACGAGAGAGCGGAUUUGGAGAAGAAAUCAUUGAAAGAAGAUUCCCGAUCCCUGAUCACAAAGAUUUAUAUUCAAUACUUAGUUUGGCUAAAAUGUCUUACAACGCAUAUCUUGGAAUUUCUGGCCCGUACGAAUGGAUAGAUUUAGAAGACGUGGAUUACGAAAAAAUUCCAUUCGGCUGGGAAGAAGUUGGACUAAGGGGUUACAUAUUCACUGAUCCUGGGAAUUCUACGGUGAUCAUCGCCUUCAAAGGAACCAGCUUGAAAUAUAUUUACAGAGAUGGUGAGACCGCACCCAAUGAUAAAUAUAAUGCAAGUUUACUAUGCAAUCGCAUCGACUUGACUUGGAAAGGAAUAUGCAAUUGUAAGAGGGACAAAUUGAGAUGCGAUGGCCAGUGUGUUUUAAGAGAAUCCAAGAGGCCAGAUAGCUAUUUUGAAAGUAGUUUGAAAAUAUAUAAUUGGGUAAAGAGUAAAUUCCCCAAUUCUACGAUUUUGCUAACUGGACACUCGUUAGGCGGUUCGAUUGCGUCCUUGGUUGCGCUAAAGUAUAACGUACCAGCAAUAGUAUUCCAAACGCCUGGCGAAAUGUUGUACGCGAAAAGGAUUGGGUUAGACGUUAACAAUUCCAGCGCCUCGAAUAUCUAUCAUUUUGGUCACACAGCUGACCCAAUAUUCACUGGGGAUUGCAUCGGAGUUUCCACCUGCUACGUUUGGGGGUUCGCGAUGGAAACAAAAUGCCAUUUGGGCAAAUCGUGCCCGUAUGACACAAGAAACCGGUUAGGUUGGAGUUCCAACAUAAAACACCAUUCAUUAUUAACAUUUAUCGAAAAAGUUAUAAAGGAAUGGUCGUCCAUUACGGGAGGCGAAGAAGAUGUCGCGCAAUGUCAAAGCGAGACGGGAUGCACUGAUUGCACUAACUGGCAAUUUGAAUAUUGA